CUAAGCUGAGAUCAGAGUCAGAUGCUUAACCGAUUGAGCCACCCAGGUGCCACUAACCAAACCUAUUUAUAACAACACAAGCAUUCUUCAUUGUCCCAGUGUCUGUUUGGCACCUGACUUCUGAGAGGGAGAGCUCGGAUAAUUCAGGCAGUGAAAGAUACCAAGUUAUCUGAAGGGUUUUUUGCUUUUGCGUUUUACACAGUGAGUGGGGAGGGUUCAGAUAAUGAGGGAUAACUGCUCCAGCUAAAAAAUAUAUUCAAAUCAAUUCAUUUCCCUGAGCUCCAGCAGCAGGAGUUGGAUUAGUAAGAGGACUGUGUUGUGUGAAUGUAUUUGGUUCCUGCAUUUUGCCUGGUGAGUAAGGGAAGGUCAGAGAGUACGGGACACCAGUUCUAUCUCAAAGGUGUACCCAGAUCCAUUCAGUUCCUGUAUGUGGAUAGUGAGUGUUUGGAGAAUUUAUCUGAAUAGGUUUGGUUCCUGCGUUUUUGAUGUUGAGUAGCGAGAGGUCUGAUAAUUAUGGAAAACAACUCUGUUUCAAAUAUGUCUGGUUUGAUAGGGAGGGUUCAAUGUCUGGGUGGCAAGUAGGGAGGGUUUGGAGGCUGAAGGAUACCAACUCUGUCUCAGCAGCACAUCUGAAUACAUUUAGUUCCUGAUUUUGGAUAGUGAGAGUUGGGACAAGUUUAUUGGCUGGAAAACAGCUCUGUUUCAGAUUUAUCAGGUGAAGCUGAAGGAUACCAGCUCUGUCUCCCAAAAAAAAAAAAAUACACACACACACUUGAUUCCUGAGUUUAGAUGGGGAGGAGUGUUGUCAUUAUGACAGCCAAUACCUAUCGAGCAGUUACCAAGGGCCAGGUACCGUGCUAAGCAAGCUGUGAGUGUCUUAACUCGCAUCAUGCUCACAACAGUCCUGUGAAGUACAUACUGUUGUCGUCAGCCCCGUUUUAUAGCUGGAGACACUGAGGCACAGAGAGGAUACGUGACUUGUCGGGGCGGCCGUCAGUCGCAGAGCGGGGCUGAAGCCCAGAGCCGCUGCUGGCCGCCCCUACAGGAGGCCGCGUGGGACGCAGGUCCCGGCUGGGGUGGCGCCUAGAGGUUGGCCAUCUUGCAGGACAAUGAGAUGUGUGUGGGUGAUUCUGCCCCACCUGUCUGCUUGGCCCAAGAGGCCCAGUUACCCGCUCUCCCCUCCUUACUCCUGCCCCAACCCACCUCUGCACGGGCUUAUUGUUGUUGUUAUUGACGGUCAUUAAUGACGUGGUGUGAGUUUCCUUGUACUUUGAAAUGCCUCCCAAAGUGACUGGCCUCUGUCGGCCCUGUAACCGCUGUUUACCCAUUUUACAGAUGAGGAAAGCCAAGCCUUGAUACUCAGUCUGCAUUGCCAGCCAGAGAUGCCCUCGGCCCUCUCAGCUCUGGUUUCAUAAGUGUCCCUCUUCCCAGCAUUCUUGCUGUCCCACAAGAGGCGGGAGAGGCCAUGGCUGAGGGGACACUCCCCAUUGACACCUAGCCACCCACCUUAUGGCCGCUGCCUCCACCAGCCCUAGGCAGUGAAGGGGGGAGAAGGGGGCGGAUGAAAGGAGCCUUUGUGUCCCAUGCCAGAAAUCUCACCCCCAGGAAGAAAGGUGGGCAGGGUGGCGGGAGGCCUUGGUAGCACGCAUAUACAUAUAUGGGGCAGGGCACUGCUGAUACAGGGCUCCCCUCCAGGCUUGGCCCCCCUGCCAAGUGGGGAGGGAGCUUUCCUCACUCUGCUCUUUCACAUCACAGCAUGGGCUGCUGCAGGGGCCCGGGUUGGGCUUGGGCCCUGAGGUCACAGAGCAGAUGGUCCCAAAUGGAGCACAGGAUGUGUGGAGUAGCCUCUGUCCGCCUCCAGCCCAGGACCCGGCCCCCCGAGUUCUGAGUCCACCUGCUUUUAGGCCUCUGUGAUCAGAAUCAGGCCUCUUCACCUCUCCAGGCCCCAGCUUCCACAUCUAUGAGCUGGCUAUGAAGAGCUGGGUCUGCGUCAUCCUCCCAGGCAAGACUCCUGACUGCGGCCCAUGGGCCUCUGAGGAGGCGUCGUAAGUCCGCCCAGCUCCCCACGUGCUGUGCUUCCACUCAAUGGGAAGGGAGCCGAGGCCCUGUCCAGCGAUCAGCCACUGCCUCUCGACGGCACCAGGAUGGAAGUCAAAGGUCAGCUGAUCAGCUCUCCCACCUUCAGUGCCUCAGCUGCCCUGUUCGGAGAGGCUGCCCCCCAGGUGAAGUCAGAGCGUUUGCGGGGACUGCUUGACCGGCAGCGAGCCCUGCAGGAGGCCCUGAGCCUGAAACUUCAGGAGCUCCGCAAAGUGUGUCUCCAGGAGGCGGAGCUGACCGGCCAACUGCCCCCCGAGUGCCCGCUGGAGCCUGGGGAACGGCCUCAGCUGGUCCGCCGGCGGCCCCCUGCCGCCCGAGCCUACCCUGCAUCGCACCCCAACCCAGCACACCGCUCCUUGUGCCCUGCUGAGGAGCUGGCUCUCGAGGCCCUGGAGCGCGAGGUGUCCGUGCAGCAGCAGAUCGCGGCCGCCGCCCGCCGCCUGGCCUUGGCCCCGGAGCUGAGCGUCGAGCAGCGCCGGCGCCGGCGCCAGGUGCAGGCAGAUGCACUGCGGAGGCUGCACGAGCUGGAAGAACAGCUGGGGGACCUCCGGGCCUGCCUCGGCCUCCCGGGGCUCCCCCCGCCACAGCCCCUGGCCCUGGCCGCGGGGGCGGUCAUCACCGCCCAGGGAAUGUGCCUGGGCACGCGCCUCGCUCAGCUCAGCCAAGAGGACGUAGUUCUGCACUCGGAGAGCAGCUCCCUCUCAGAGUCUGGGGCCAGCCAUGAUAAUGAGGAGCCCCGUGGCUGCUUCCCUCUGGCCGAGCGCCCCUCACCACCCAAGGCCUGGGACCAGCUGCGGGCCGUAUCUGGGGGCAGCCCUGAGCGGCGAAUCCCAUGGAAACCACCCCCGUCAGAUCUUUAUGGGGAUCUGAAGAGCCGGCGGAACUCUGUGGCCAGCCCCACCAGCCCGACGCGCUCGCUGCCCAGGAGUGCCUCCAGUUUUGAGGGGCGAAGCGUGCCCGCCACCCCUGUCCUCACCCGGGGCGCUGGCCCCCAGCUCUGCAAACCCGAAGGCCUGCAUUCUCGCCAGUGGUCCGGCAGCCAGGACUCCCAGAUGGGCUUCCCCCGGGCAGAGCCUGCCUCCGACCGCGCCUCCCUCUUUGCAGCCCGCACCCGUCGCAGCAACAGCUCUGAGGCCCUGCUUGUGGACCGGGCGGCCGGUGGGGGAGCUGGCUCCCCGCCUGCGCCUCUGGCUCCGCCUGCCGCUGGCCCCCCGGUCUGCAAGAGCAGCGAGGUGCUGUACGAGCGCCCCCAACCAACCCCUGCCUUCUCCUCCCGCACAGCUGGCCCCCCAGACCCUCCCCGGGCUGCCCGGCCUAGCUCAGCUGCCCCUGCCUCCCGUGGGGCCCCCCGGCUCCCGCCCGUGUGCGGGGACUUCCUCUUGGACUAUUCCCUGGACCGGGGCCUGCCCCGCAGCGGCGGCGGUGGCGGCGGCGGGCCAGGCUGGGGGGAGCUGCUGCCCGCAGCUGAGGUCCCAGGACCUCUCUCCCGCCGGGAUGGGCUCCUCACCGUGCUCCCAGGCCCACCACCCGUGUAUGCAGCUGACGGCAGCAGCCCCCUCCUCCGCAGCAAGGACCCCCACGCCCGUGCCGCCCGCACCAAGCCCUGCGGCCUGCCCCUGGAGGCCGCCGAGGGGCCGGACGUGCAUCCGAACCCUCUGCUGUGGAUGCCCCCGCCCACCCGUAUCCCCCCAGCCGGGGAGCGCAUCGGCCACAAGAACCUUGCCCUGGAGGGGCUGCGGGACUGGUACAUCCGCAACUCGGGACUGGCCGCCGGGCCGCAGCGGCGGCCUGUGGUCCCCCACGUGGGCCCACAGCACCCGCCCUUCCUCCACGCCCGCUGCUAUGAGGUGGGCCAGGCGCUGUACGGGGCCCCCAGCCAGGCGCCGCUCCCGCACUCGAGGAGUUUCACGGCACCCCCUGUCUCCGGCAGGUAUGGGGGGGGCUUUUACUGAUGGGUAGGGGUCUCUUGAGGCAGAUGGCAAGCCAGUCACGGUAGCUAAAGACUCAGACCGGGAGAGAGCUAGCCGCCGCCUCGGCCCGGGGUCCUGGGCCCUGCCUGACCUGCAUGAGUCUAUGGGGUCUCGGUGGAGGGGUGUCUUGGGCCCUGGCAGUGGCGGCAGUUGUCUCCCAAGCUGUAGAAGAAUUCCAGUAUUUGAACAAAACAGUGCAUGUCAGCUGAAAAUGAGCCUUGAAAGCAGGGUGCUGGGAGGAAGGGCCUCCCGGGCCCCUUGCCUCUCUCUUCUGCCUUUGGCCGUGCCCCCACGCUUGCGAGCCGAAAGGUGCUGUCCUGUGCCUGCCUCCGCCUCUUUAACGAGCCUCUUUUCCUCUCUUUCUGUGUCUUGUCCGUCUUUUCCUCUCUUCUCUGUCUUGCCACCCUGUCCGGAUUCCUGCUCCCCCUUCUAAAGAUACUACGCGGACUUCCUGUACCCCCCGGAGCUGAGCGCUCGUUUAAGUGACCUGACGCUAGAGGGGGAGCAGUCCUCCAGUUCUGACCCCCAGACCCCGGGGACGCUGGUCUGACCCCUUCUGAUAUGCCCCUUGUUGGCCUGGGCACGACUUUAAUCUGGGGGAGCGCACAGCUGACCUCGCUGAACCCUGGGGUGUGGUUGCUGUCAGUCCUGGGGGGUGCCGACCUGAUCUUCCAAGGCCCCUGGCUCCUCGUGGACCCACGAAAGUGUCUGACACCCUGCUUCCCCUCUCACACUGUGCUGGGAACUAGGACCCUCAGCCAGCUUAAAAGCGGGGCGAUGGUGUAACGGGGACUCCAGGCCCCUUCCUCCAUUUCUGUUUACACUUGUGAUUUAGGUCUUCACUGUCUUCCCCCAACACUAGACGUUUUAUAAAAGGGAAACUGUGAUCUCGUCCUGGUUGGGUUCAUUCCUGUCCCCACGCCCAGCCCGUUCCAUUCAGGAAACCCCACCCCCCAAAAUAAACGGACCAUAUAGGGUCUCAGGGCCCUUUUCGGGGCAGCCAGGAGACUCUGGUGUGAACAGAACUCCCCGCCACCCCCCACCAGGCCAGUUCUUGGGGAGUUGGGCUCUCUGCCCACAUUUGGAAGGACUGAAGGCUGGGUAGGGGGCUUGGGUUCAUUUUCCUACCCCCAGGGGCACCCGAGGGAGCCCCAGCCCUUGUCUGCCUGUCUGUGCCCGCUGCCUCUGCCCGCAGGAUGAGAUGGCCCAGCCUCCACCCUGUCUAGCCCGGUCAGGCAGUUGGCCCUGCGGGAGGGCCCAAGGGCAGAGCCGCCGGGCAUGUUGCGUCCUGGGAUGCUGCGGUGGUGGAGCCUGGCAUCUGGUCUAUGCCAGUAAAAUCCUCAGGUGACGGUUGGCCAAAAGCUGCGUCACGUCUUCCUUGGCUUUCUUUCCACCCACCACUUUUUAAAACAAAUCUACACAAGCUGUGUUUUCUAUGAUACCUAUCUGUGACUUUCUGGAGCUGGGGGUCCCCCUACCUCCUUUACCUGGUGUUAAACUUUUCUUUUUCUACCAGUGGAUCUGGGCCCAAGACACUACCCACACUGGAAGGGGAUUUCUAUAAUAAAUGUGUAAACCGAA